CAGCGCAGCAACCGCACUCCGUUACUGUCGGUGAUCCAUAGCGUACGCGUUUCUUUAUCGCGCAGUACGUUCUGAGGCUGGCUUUAAUCGUGAACGUCCAGAACGAGCUGCAUACAAUUUUGACAUGGUUGCGAUAAAAGGGCGUAAAAAUACGAACAAAAAUCCUCCAAUAUUCAGCCAUGAAUUUGUUAUACAAAAUCAUGCCGACAUCGUGUCGUGCGUGGCUAUGGUAUUUGUCGUCGGUUUAAUGGUACAGGUCACAUCACCCUUAGCAUACACAUUUAUUGCUGUUCAUCAUAAUGUGUCGGCAUCUUCAAACCCUGGAGAAAUGCCAUCCCCUGAAAAGUACACGACAGGGUGGAAAGAUGCCUGUGCAGUCUUCUUUUAUUUUCUCAUCACGAUUGUUAUGCAUGCAGUCAUUCAAGAAUACAUAUUUGAUAAAAUCACUAAACGUCUUCAUCUAAGUAAAAUAAAGCUCUCCCAAUUCAAUGAAUCCAGUCAAUUGAUUGUGUUCUAUCUCUCCUCUGCUAUUUGGGGGACAGACAUCAUUAUCAGAGAAAAUUUGUUGCUCAACAUUACAUCUCUUUGGGACGACUAUCCAGCGCUAUUAUCCUUCUCUCUGAAGUUGUUUUUUAUCGGACAGUUCGCUUACUGGCUCCAUUGCUACCCAGAACUGUAUUUCCAGCGUGCUAAGAAAGAGGAAAUUUUCCCACGAGUUAUACAAGCCACUAUUGGUCUACUCUUCACGUUUGGAGCGUACUUUUUCAACUUCCAGCAAGUGGGUGUUAUUUUGUUGGUCCUACAUUACGUGGGAGAUGCGUUACAGCACAGUGCUCGCAUAAUACAGUUUGUUGAUCGUAGUGAAAGCGGUACACGACUUGCCUUUUUAAUUGCCAAUCCAGUAUUCAUUUCUGUCCGGAUUAUUUCAAUUGGAGUAGCAGCUCUGGUAUUUUUCUACGGGUUACCACAAACCGAAACAUCUCUGGAUUAUGCCACUGGCAAUUUUAAUGUUUCCAUUGUUCGGUACGCAGCUUUGGUUGGAAUAGUCUUAUUUCAGGUCGACCGUUUAUAUAGGUUUAUUAAAGAGCAUCUGCAACGCUCCCGAGAAUCAAAUGCCCCAAUUGUCAGCAAGUUGAAGACCAAACAAAAACCUAAAAAAAAAGAGGGUAAAAAAUCAACUCAGUCUGAAGAUGACGAUCUGCCAGAAGUUGAUCAGGCAACAAACAAGAACUUAAGAUCUCGUACUGCUGGAAAAGCGAAAUAAAAGAACAUAUCAACAGCAAGAUUUAAUGCUGGGGUUCUUCAACACGUUCGUCGAUAAUGUUGACGAGUGUCAUAUACAUGUAUCCAUUUGCAUUGAUGCUCAUAUUGUACAUACAAUAGGAAAGAAAAUAUGAGAGAGAAUAUUAUUUUCAAAUAAGUAUUUUCAAUUGGAAAUGAAGCAUGUAUAUCAACCAUUCAAUAGAAAUAUUUCAUCGAAUAGUAGAGAAUAUCUACCUUAUUAUUAUACCUAUGCGUCAAUUUUUUAUCGUUCAAAUAAAUAUUACUUUUUAAAAAAUUGAGAAUUUCUUGAUUGAAGAGAUUUCUUUGAUGAAAUGGAGGUUCUUAUUUUAUUUUAUUAAUAUUUUUAUAACAGGUGAUAUUUUUAAUGAUUUUAUUAUUACUUGCUGGCUUUUCACUAAAUCAUACAAUAUUUAGAGUAAUCAUCGAUUAAUUACGAAUAUUGGAAGCUAACUAACGUCAGUCAGAAUUGUUAGCAAGUUAUGACUUAGCUUUCCAAGUAUCUCUAAGACGCGUGUAAUUUGUAAUAUUCCGUUUAAUAGCAGUGCAAUUAAUUCAAUUUUACUGUAAAUCGCUGUACUGAAAAACGCUUGAUUGUCUUAUAUUUACAUACGUGUGGAUGGCUAAUAUAACAAAUUAUUGUUGAUAUAUAUAAAUGCAUUUUUAACUUAUUUUAUUCUAUUCGAUAUCAAGUAUCCAUAAAUUCUUAACCUGCUAAUACAAUAAUAUAUUCUGUAGUGUUGAUCUCCUUCGAUUGUUUUAUUUGCGUUUAUACAAACUCUUUUAACAUAUUAUUAUAUUUUCAAACUUGCAUGCUAGGUCACGAGUAUUUUCAUUGCCAUUGAUCCGUGCUUUCUUACGACUCUAUUUAGGCAACUUGUCUAUUAUCUGCUAGUUUCAAUUUAUCAUUGAAACUUUCACUCCUCGAAAGAAUGAACUAUACUUGCAAUAAUUUAUGCUGCGAACAGGAAUUUGUAUUUUAAAAUGAUAUUCAACAUUCGCAAGAAGACAAGUCUUUCCAAGCAGACUCAGGAAAUAUUUUGAAUGUCACUAUUAGUAAAUCAAAUGUUAUUAGUUAUAUCUUUAUCGUUAUUGAGGAAUAACUAUAGAUAUAGUAUCUAAUUAACAUGCAUGUAUGGUUGAACUGAAAAUAAAUAACCAUGCAUAAUGAUAAUGAUCAUCAAGACCUGGAAAAAUUAUUUUCCAUUCUUCAGGGUUUCACUCCGUUUUUAUAAACCGGAAAAGUCUGUACGGCGGCAAGGCAACGUGAAAUAUUAUUAUUCCGAAAAUUUGUUGCAGUUCGAAGUUCACAAACAGAACAAGAUUAUAUUUUUCACAUAGAUAAUUGCUUAUCACAAUUUACAAGAAGUUACACACAUAAUUACACUAGUAAAUUAGCGGCAAUCACAACUACAUGCAUUCAAAAUUCGCUAGGAAAAGCGCCAUUACAGGCUUCUACUUUUCGGACAUUCCGAGCACAAUGCAACGUUGAAAUACCGACUCGGUACUAGGAGAAUAUAUCUGCCAAGGAGCUAGUAUACUAGGAGGUGGCCGAAGUUGGUUGCUGACUAGUAGCUCCGCCCGUAAUGAAAAUGGGUGGUGAGCGUGGCUACACCUUCGGUCGCGCGUUCGGUAAUUUAUUUCGUUGCGCAGUCGACUAAGGGGCGGGGCUUCAAUCGUUUUCUAGUAUUAUAAGCUCUUGGCUCCUUGCUUAAUAUAUUCUCCUAAUACUGAGUUGACGUUUCUGCGUCAAAUCGGGUCCAGAAAGUCACGAACAAAUAAGAUCCUCGAAUUGGAGGGAGAACUGUUUGACCGGAGGUAAAAACGGAGAUUAUAUAUAAUAAAUAAUACUCACUUAUCGGAAAUGGGUUAUUAAUUUUUAUUGAUGACAUUUCGCUGUAAGAUGUUAACAGUAAAAUAUGACCCAAGUCUUAUUUAAUUUAUUAAGGGUACUUAAUAAAUAUAUGUAUAUCAAGUAGUAUGUAGUUUGGUUUUUAUAUAAAAACAUAAUAUAUACAGACAUGGAUAAAUUGAAAAAACAUCACUUGAUACGUUUGAUCACGAUUAAAAAUUAGGGGAUCGCGUUACAUAAGGGUAAUUAUUCAUUAUUAGUAAGCACGGAUGGUUACUGCAGCAUAUGAACAAUUCGGAGAAUCGUAAUUUAUUCAUGACUUUAUUCAUAAUAAUAAGAAUAAUAAUCAUACUUCGGAUUUAGAUACCUAUAUCAGCUUGCUAAUAAUAUUUUCUCUUUUUAAAAAAUAUAAAUAUCAAGCAAAGCAGCUUUCAGGAUGUUAUGUAAUGUUGUUUUCUCUCAUUCAACUGUUCAUUAUUUAUCAAUUUCUUUACAUUCAUUUUUUACGUUUUUCUUAAUGCUGAAUCAACAAAUCGUUUCGUUCGAAUAAUGUACGACAUUCGCAUCGAUAAUCUUAAUAUUAGUGACUAAAUUGUUAUAUCUUGGUUGCUGCUACUGUACUGUUACAAAUCAAACACAGCGAACACACUUAAAGUUGACUUCAUGCCUUAUUUUAAUUAAUAUUGUCAUUAUGGACAGUUUCUUCAACUCUCAAUGCUGUUGUUAUAGCGAAUUAAUAAAUGCGUGCAUUUUACAAUUUUCGAUGGUUAUUUUUGUGUAAGGUUGUGAAUUUACUUAAGUAUUACCAAAUUAAAUCAUCACUGAUUCCAGGGUAAGUUAAAAACGUCGAUAUGUCGUAUGGUUAUUGUUACGUUUUUUUAAAAUAGUUUUUCCUUAUAAGGUUGACGAGUAGAACGAAAGUUAUUACGAUAGAUAUAAAUUAAUCAAUGUUAAAGAUCACAAAAAACUUGUAGAAGAAAUGGUAUUACGAAAUGGUUUUAACAACAGAAUACGUACACUUAUACUCGAAGUGUCUUUUUAAAAGUACUGAAAUUCAGUACUACUGUUUGUGACAUUACAUUACAGUUUGUUUGCUGUUAGUGACGAUAGUUGGAUAAAUACUAAUUGUAAGAUCGAAAAUAGUGGAAACUUCAAUGCUGUGGAAAGAGAAGAUUUUCAAAGUUAUGGCACGAUAUAUAGUUGUUUAUUAAUCUAAAUGCUAGUAAUUGUCCAAUAAUCAUUCGUCAUGUACAAGGCCUCUCGUCUUUUCUCAGCACAGCAUUAAAAGUUAGUUUAAUCCUUGGCUAAAAUCGUGAAUAUCUAAACGACCAAUCAUCUAUUCUCACCUUGCCGAACAAAAUAUUUAUGGCAAUUACACUGUAAGCUGAUCACUAAUAUAUGUAUACCAAUCAAUCACUUUCAAGUAUAUAUAAUAACUAGCAACAUGUUAUUUACUAUCUAUAUAAUGUGACCUUGAAAUUAUCUCAAAUAUUAGCUUAUAUUUUUUUAUCGUACACAUGCCAACCAAUAAUCUUCUUAAAAUUCUUGAAAAAAUUUAAGAAAAAUCAAACAAAUAAAUCGAACGACAGUAAUUUUUCCCGAUCCCCAUUUUUUCAAACUUCUUACAUUACUCGUUGAUCAAAACAUGCAAUUUGACUACUAUUGGAUUCAUUUGAGUAAUCUGAUUCCUACAUCAACUGGUAGCCUGCAGAGAAAAUUCAAUGUCGUUAGAUUUUAAAUAAAUGUAUAUUUAUGUUUGUAAACGUAGAAGAAAAGAUUAUAUUUGAUUGAAGAUAAUCAAAUGCGUAUAAUUAAUUUUGAUGUAAAAAUAGGUAUAACAUGCUCUUUGGAGAUAUUGAAGCACUAAAUAAGAUGUUUAUUGACUUGCUGUGACAAAUGAGGAACAUUUGCCCAUCAUUUCGGGUUAUAUUUUUUUCCAUCUUGCUUGAUUGAAUUAAGUCUAAGGCUGGAUUUAACUAUUGUGCAUGGCAAAUAAAAAUAAUUUAGAAAACAUAAGGUAAACAAA